UUCCCUGCAGCCAACGGCACAGCCCAGACCCACGGCACCAUGCAGACCUGCUGGGUCAUCCUGCUCCUGCCCCUGCUCGGGGCAGCCAGCACCGAGCUGCCCACCCCUGGCACCGACCCACCACAGCUCACGCCGACCUACGCCCAGGCCCUGGCCACGGCCGUCGACGUCUACAACCAAGGGCCCGGCGUGGACUUCGCCUUCCGGCUCCUGGAGGCAGAGUCCCGGGACGACUGGGACGCGAGCACGGAUCCCCUGCGGCAGCUGGAGUUCACCCUGAAGGAGACCGAGUGCCCCGUGGGCGAGGACCAGCCCCUGGACCAGUGCGACUUCAAGGAUGGCGGGGCGGUGCUGGACUGCACAGGGACCUUCUCCUGCUCCGAGGCCUCGCUCAUGGUGCUGGUCACCUGCCAACCCGCCGAGCCCCUGCCUGACCGCGUCCGCAGGGGUCUAUUCAAGAAGCUGAGGAGGAAAAUCAAGAAGGGCUUUAAGAAAAUCUUCAAGCGCCUGCCUCCCGUCGGUGUCGGUGUCUCCAUCCCACUCGCAGGAAGGCGGUGAGGAGCCCGGGACGGCUCCAUCUGCACCUCCGGGACCCCCGGACCAGGCGCUCGGUGCCCUGGGAACGGGGCCUGGUGAACCCAGCCCUGGCCCUGAAGAGCCGUGACGGGGCUGGGGUGGGCAGGGAGGGGUGGCGGGUUCGGGGCUGCACGCUCCCGUUCCUCUUGUCGCAAUAAAUGGUGAAUGCAAUAA